CAAAAAACGUUAAAUUAUCUAAAUGAUAUUGAUGAACCUAAGAAAAAGCCUUUAAGAGCUCAAGUAAUAGAUUUUUCUACAGUUCGAUUGGAAACAGAUAAUUUUGAAGAAAAAGUCUGUGCCAGAAUCCACGAUAAAGAAUUUUGCAUUCGGUGUUUCUUUAGUGAAGAAUGUCUUCAAAAAUUUGAAAGGAUUAACGGAUGGAAAAAAAACUAUUAUAAUGCGGAGUGGCGUCGUGUUCCGCCCGAACAGAGAAAGAUACUUGAUGCACUACCAGGUUGGGGAAGUGACACAAAAACAUCAGGGUAG